CUUAAUCACUCCCUGUGAAGCAUUUCAUUCCUCCUAAUUUCUAUCAAUCCCAAAACCAAAACCAAAUCAAAACAAAACAAAACACAAAACCAUAUUAUCAGCAAAAGAAAAGGUUCUCCUAUAUAAAGAUUGAGAUCAAGGAGGCAUAUAUAUACAAUGCACUGAAUCUUCGGUUGUGACGGUGGCGGUGAUAGCGGACGUUCGAUCGGGGAUGACACGGAAGGGAGGGACGAGCCAGGCGUGCGCGUCGUGCAAGUACCAAAGGCGACGGUGCACUUCAGACUGCCCGCUGGCACCAUAUUUCCCAGCGGACCAGCCUGACAUGUUCCACAACGCGCACCGCCUGUUCGGGGUAAGCAACAUAACCAAACUACUAAAACAGAUAGAGCCUAGCCAGAGAGGCGUGGCGAUGAAGUCUAUAAUAGACGAAGCGAACGCGCGGGCGAAGUAUCCGGUGUACGGAUGCGUGGCGGAGAUUCAACAGCUGAUGUUCAAGAUCCAGCUGGCCGAAGAAGAGCUCAUGGCGGUCCACUCCCAAUUGGCUUUCUAUGCCCAACAGCAAAACCAGCAACACCAUGAUUCUAAUAAUUCUCUCCUGCCCUCCUUACAAUUAGGAGCACCUUCAACACACAUGAACAACAACGUUGUCGUUCCUCAUCCUCCUCCUCCUCUUCAUCCUCAGUACUGCAAUGCGGUCACUGUGGGAGCGGCUAUUCCUGUUUCUCAUGCAUCCUCUUACUCCCUUACGGGCGGUUAUGCCGAUUAUUCGAACGAAAACUCUUGGAUCCAAGAGCAGAAUUAUGGGAAUGGGAAUGGAAUAAAUGGACAUCAUCUACAAUAUAGCUCUUAUAAUAACAACAACAAUAACCAGAUGAUGCAACAAGAACCUGAAAUGGGGUUGGGGUGUGGGGCUGCACAACAGCAGCCCAUCACAUUACAAGUGCAGGUGGAUGAAGAUUAUGAUGAGAUGAUGCAUCCAUUUUUUGAUACUAUUGAUGAUAGACAAUCAUUCGUUGACUCCAAAGAACCAUUUGAAUCAAGUUCGGAAUCAUCUUUGAAGGAUAUAGCCCAAUCGGUGUCCGAAAACGAACUCAAGAGCGCUGCAGCUUGUUUCACUCUAACUAGUAUCAACGUAUAGAAUUGAAUCAAGCCACAGCACAUAUAUAUAUACAUUCUAGCUAUGUGAUGGAGAUUGAUUGUAAGAAGAGAUAUAUAAAAGAGUGAAUGAUCCAAUGAUCUCAUUCUGGAGCUAUUUUAUUGCUCACUUCACGCAGAAAUAAAAAGAAUAUGAAGUAGUUCCACUUCUACCAUGUAACAUGAUUAUUGCUUAUUUU